AUGCGUACUAUAUUACACCUUACUUUUAUAUUCAUUUUCAUAACGGUUCUUUUGGGAUCUUGGAAUUGUGCAGGAGCUAAAAAAAUAAACAUUAAUAAUAGAAAUUUAUCACGCCGGUAUAAUGGCGGCUCUAUAAGUAGCGAUAGUUCAGUAAAGAGACGACACUCAAAUCGUCUUCGGAUAAGAGCUCAACCAGCUCAAAAUGCUUCUCCCGCGAAUACGGCAAAAGCGGAAGUGAGCAAUACUGUUCAAAAAUCCGCUUCAGAUGGUAAACUGAUGGACGAUAAGUCUGUUCAGGCAAAUGGACAGCCAACGGUUACCGUCUCUGACGGAGCGUCACCAAUAAUUGUUGCCGGAAUUGCAUCUUUUGGUGUUGUAUGCGUUGUAGUUGUUGGCAUUUUCAUGGUCGUAAGCAAAAGGAAACGUCGGGAACUUACUGAUAGCAUUGUUGCUACGUCAGCUACUGCAUGGGAAAAACAAAAUACUUUUGAAGAAUUGAAAGAAGAAGAAGAAACACCACAGCCUAUAGGUUCAUAUACUGUCAUUGAUACGUAUGUGCCGACAUUGCCUGAUGAAUUGGAUAUACAACCCGGUGACAAGGUUACAGUUCUAGUGGUAUAUGAUGAUGGCUGGGUACAGGGAAUUAACGAAACUCGGGGUGGUGUCAAAGGUGUAUUCCCACAACAUUGUGUAAACAUGAAAGUUUCCUUUAACAAUAAACGGUCAAGUUCCAUAGGUGCAUAUACAAUUGUGGACCUGAACUAA